AUGGCUCACCACUAUAAGAAAGCGUCACGAAUAGACACAGUAACAGCAACAAUAUCUUCAUUAACUCUGUCCAUAGCUGCUAAUUUUCUACUACUAUUACUUGUUAUCCCUUCCUCACUUUCUCUAACUGAUGAUGAGCAACCACACACCUACAUUGUUCAUGCCUUCAAAUCUGAUAAACCUUUGCAUUUUGCUUAUCACGCUGAUUGGUAUCACACAACCCUCAAAUCUCUUCCACCUUCACCUCAUCCUAAGAGCAUCAUCUACACGUACACUCGUGUUAUUAAUGGUUUCUCUGCUCGACUAACACCUUCUCAGGCUAAUCAUCUCCGUAGCAUCCCUGGAAUUUUGUCCGUCAUUCCUGAAAAAAUCCACCAAUUACACACAACUCGGACUCCAGAGUUUCUUGGUAUGUCUGCGAAUUCCAUGGGUCUCUGGUCCUCAUCAAAUUACGGUGAUGAUGUUAUCAUUGGUGUUAUUGAUAGAGGAAUCUGGCCAGACCGGAGGAGUUUUAGUGAGACUGGUCCAGAUUUCCCCAAAGAGUCUUGGAACCGAAUGAUAAUUGGUCCGAGAGCUUUUUAUGAAGGAGCUGAGGCUCAAUUUGGUCACUUGAUUAAUGAAACUGGUAAAGAUUCGAGAUCACCUAGAGAUAUGGAAGGACAUGGUACACAUACUGCAGCUACCGCAGCUGGAUCUGCUGUCAAGAACGCCAAACUGUUUAAAUUAGCUACUGGAGAUGCAAAGGGAAUGGCACCGAGGGCAAGAAUUGCUGUUUACAAGGUAUGCUGGAGUUCUGGAUGUGCUGAUUCAGAUAUUUUCUCUGGAUUUGAAAAAUCUCUGGAAAAUGGUGUCGAUGUGAUAUCUUUUUCAGUCGGUCCUAGUGUAGGGGACAAUCCGUACUACCAUGAUACAGCAGCGUUGGUAGCUUUUGCUCCUAUGCGGGAAGAAGUUUUAGUUUCAGCUUCUGCACGAAAUUCAGGCCUUAGUCUGAGUACUGUCUCGAAUGUCGCCUCAUGGAUGUUUACUGUUGCUGCCUCCACGCUUGAUAGGGAAUUCCCAGCCGACGUAAUUUUAGGUGAUGGAACGGUUAUUAAUGGUGUUUCAUUAUACUCGGGUAAUCCACUUCGAGGACAAGAUGUGGAAUUAGUCUAUGCCGGUGAUGUUGGUAAUGAAUAUUGUUUUAAAGGAAAUUUCAACUCUACAAUUGAAGUUACCGGGAAAAUGGUUUUUUGCAAAAGUGGUUAUACUCAAGGAACUGCUAAAGGGUAUCCAGUGAGAAUAGCUGGUGGAGUGAUAGCCGUGAAUGUAAAACAGUGGGGUAAAGGAUUUAUCCUAGACCAAUUUCAAACUCCAGCAACACAGGUGACUUAUGAGGAUGGAGCUAAGAUAUUGAACUAUAUCAAAUUACAGAAAAAACCGACUGCUACUAUCAAAUUUCGUGGAACCGUAAUUGGUGGUUCGACAUCCGCUCCCAAAGUGGCUCCAUUUUCUAGCCGUGGUCCGAACAAUCUAAUAGCCCAGAUACUCAAGCCGGAUAUUACCGCGCCUGGUGUUAAUAUCUUAGCCGCUUGGACCGGAGCUGCAUCCCGACCAACUUGGACCUCGAUCCAAGACGAGUAG